CGUGUCGGGUCGGGGCACGCGCAGUUGAGUGACAACACUUAAAUCCUCCUACCGGCUGAAUACAUCACGUUUAGGAUAGGAGCCCAGAAAAGUUCAAGUUUUCCAUCCUUCGGAGUCAGUAAGAUGUUUCACCCUUUUCUCAGUCAGCAGAGGACGUUUCUGGGUGCUCACUGAGUAUUCCAAGACAUGGCAGCCUCUGAACUUUACUCCAAGUAUGGCCGUGUUUGGCUUCCUGAUGCAGUCGAAGUGUGGAAGUCAGCAGAGCUGAUCAAGGAUUAUACUUCUGGCGACAAGACGCUGUCUCUGCAGCUAGAGGAUGGCACGGUGGUGGAAUACAAAAUAGACCCCCAUUCCAACAACCUGCCACCACUAAGAAACCCCAACAUCCUGGUGGGGGAAAAUGACUUGACAGCUCUCAGCUACCUCCAUGAACCAGCAGUCCUGCACAACCUUAAAGUGCGCUUUGUCGACUCCAAGUUGAUUUACACAUACUGUGGAAUUGUCUUGGUUGCCAUCAAUCCUUAUGAGAACCUGCCUAUCUAUGAAGCUGACAUCAUCAGUGCUUACAGUGGGCAAAACAUGGGGGACAUGGACCCCCAUAUAUUUGCAGUAGCAGAGGAAGCAUACAAACAGAUGGCCAGAGAUGAAAGAAACCAGUCCAUCAUAGUGAGUGGUGAGUCUGGGGCUGGCAAAACUGUUUCUGCUAAGUAUGCUAUGCGUUACUUUGCCACGGUCAGCUGCUCUUCUGGUGAGGCCAAUGUUGAGGAGAGAGUGCUUGCCUCCAGCCCCAUCAUGGAGGCCCUUGGGAAUGCCAAGACGAUAAGGAAUGACAACAGCAGUCGCUUUGGGAAGUACAUUGAGAUUGGAUUUGACAAGAAGCAUUGCAUAAUUGGGGCUAACAUGAGAACAUACUUACUGGAAAAGUCUAGAGUUGUGUUUCAGGCCUACGGAGAAAGGAACUACCAUAUAUUCUACCAGCUCUGUGCCUCUUCUCAUUUACCAGAGUUCAAAGCCUUCAGGUUAGGUUGCGCAGAUGACUUCCACUGUACUAACCAGGGUCAGAGCCCAGUAAUAGAUAGAGUUGAUGAUGCCAAAGAGAUGCGCAAUACCAGAAGAGCCUUCUCAUUGUUAGGAAUUGGUGAAAGUGAUCAAAUGGAAAUUUACCAGAUUCUGGCAGCUAUUCUCCAUCUUAGCAAUGUGGAGGUGAAAGAUCAGUCAGCAGACAAAAGCAGCAUCUCGCCAGAUAAUGUCCACCUGAUGGUGUUUUGUGAGUUGAUGGGGGUGCCCUCUGAAGAAAUGGCACAUUGGUUAUGUCACAGGAAGCUCAAGACGACCACAGAAACCUUUGUCAAAACUGUCUCCAAAAUGAAUGCGGUCAAUGGCCGAGAUGCCCUAGCUAAACACAUCUAUGCCAGACUCUUCAGCUGGAUUGUGGGCAGCAUUAACAAUGCCUUAAAAUCUGCGACAAAACAGCACUCGUUCAUCGGUGUGCUGGACAUUUAUGGAUUUGAAACAUUUGAUAUCAACAGCUUUGAACAGUUUUGCAUCAACUAUGCCAAUGAGAAGCUUCAACAGCAGUUCAACCUGCAUGUCUUCAAAUUGGAACAAGAGGAGUACAUGAAAGAGGAGAUCCCUUGGCGAUUGAUAGACUUCUAUGACAACCAGCCAUGCAUUAAUCUUAUUGAGGCCAAGAUGGGUGUCCUGGACCUUCUAGAUGAGGAAUGCAAGAUGCCUAAAGGCUCCGAUGACACAUGGGCCCAGAAAUUGUACAACACCUUCCUGAAGCAGAAUGUUCACUUUGAUAAACCCAGGUUAUCAAAUAGAGCUUUCAUCAUCCACCACUUUGCAGACAAGGUGGAGUACCAGUGUGACGGUUUCCUGGAGAAAAACAGGGACACAGUCAAUGAGGAGCAGAUAAAUGUGCUGAAAAAGAGCAAGUUUGAUUUGCUGCUGAAGCUGUUUGAAGAUGAUGAGAAGGCAACAAUUUCUACUAACAAGCUCACUAGCAUCAUUGGAAGGUCUAGUCAGACUCAGAGGGACAAUAAGAAGACUGUUGGGCUGCAGUUUCGGCAGUCUCUGCAUUUGCUGAUGGACACACUAAAUGCUACGACUCCUCACUACGUACGCUGCAUCAAGCCAAAUGACCAUAAAGCUCCAUUCACGCUGGACCCUGUGAGGGCAGUGCAGCAACUUCGUGCCUGUGGCAUUCUUGAAACAAUCCGGAUCUCCGCAGCAGGCUUCCCAUCCAGAUGGACAUAUCAGGAGUUCUUUAGUCGGUAUCGGGUCCUCAUGAAGCAAAAGGAUGUGCUUUCUGAUAAAAAACAGACUUGCAGAAAUGUCCUAGAAAAACUUAUAAAGGAGCAGGAUAAGUAUCAGUUUGGUAAAAACAAGAUCUUCUUCAGGGCUGGUCAGGUCGCUUACUUGGAGAAGCUGCGUUCCGACAAGUUGCGUACAGCUUGUGUCCGCAUUCAGAAGACUAUCCGCUGCUGGCUGGCCCGCAAAAAGUACCUCAGGAUCAGGGAAGCUGCCAUCACCAUUCAGAGACAUGUGCGAGGUCACCAGGCACGCUGUCAUGUUAAGUUCCUGCGAAGAACUAGAGCAGCUGUUGUCAUUCAGCGGAAUGUGCGUAUGUGGCUCAGCAAGAGACGCUACCAGCAGCAGCGCUCUGCAGCUAUCACCAUCCAGUGCUGCUUCAGGGCUUACAUGGCUAGAAAGAAGUACUAUAAGUUGAUGUUUGAGAAAAAGGCUUCGGUCAUCCAGAAGUUUGCAAAAGGUUGGCUGGCCAGGCUGCGUUACAGACGUACACUGGCGGCCAUCAUCCUUCUGCAGAGCUGUGUACGUCGCAUCAGGGCCAAGAAAGAAUUAAAGAAGCUAAAAGUGGAGGCGCGCUCUGUGGAGCACUUCAAGAAGCUCAACAUUGGCAUGGAAAACAAGAUUAUUGAGUUACAACAGAAAAUAAAUGAGCAGCAUAAAGAAAACAGAGAGCUCAGCGAGAGGUUGAGUACUGUGGAGAAGACCCACAUGGAUAGAGAGAAACAGAGCAGAGAGAUCGAAAACCUCCGUAGAUCAGAGCAGGAGGCCAGAGCCAAAGCAGACACGCUUCCCUCGCUGCUGGAGCAGCUCUCGUUCCUUCAAGACGAACUGGAAAACACCCGCAGAGAGAAAAACGACCUGGAAGGCCAGACAAAGGUCUAUAAGGAGCAGAUACAACAGGUGAUAGAAGAGCUUAAUAUGAAGAACAGCUUGUUGAACACAGAGAAAGAUCAACUGAACACAGUAAUCCUUGAACAAGCCCAACAGUUAACAGAGAUAAAAACCAAGAUUGAGAAUACAAAGCAGCUGGAGAAGGACUUAUCUGAAGAACGCUCUCGCUACCAAAGUUUGCUGAGUGAACACCUGGAUCUGGAGGAGCGGCACAGAGACCUGAAAGACGAGAUGAAUCUUAGCUCAAGCAAAUCUGGUCCCACGGGGACAGACUCCAACUACAGCAUUAACUCGUCUGAAUAUAGUCAGAGCUUAGGCUAUUCUGAGGGAGAAGACAGCUCUAUACAAACAGAGGAUGAGACCCAGUCCACAGUGGAGCUGCCUGUCCUUCUGAAGCUCCAGAGAAGAAUGAAAGAACUGGACCAGGACAAACAGUCACUGUUGCAACAACUGGAUAAGAGAGAAGAAGCCCAACAAGAAAAGGCGAAAGAGGCAGAGGAGCAGAAAACUGUUGGCAGGGCAGAGCUGGACUUGGAAAAACUGAAGUGUCAAGAACUGGAAUCUGAGAACAAGAAGUUGAAGCAGGAUCUAAAUGAACUGCGAAGGUCUCUGACCAAUGAGAAGAGUGAGUUGUUGCCUCCUGCCCCUGGUUCUCUGCCCUACAAAACGCUACUGGAACAGCUCAACUCCUCCAAUGAGGAGUUGGAGAUGCGAAAAGAGGAAGUGAUGCUUCUCCGGUCACAUAUGGUCCGCCAAGAGGCUCUUAAACAUAAGGACUCGGCACUGGGAGGAAGUGUGAAAUUAGAUCUCACUGAAAUUCCCUCAUUUCAAGAUGUUGACAGAUCCACUGACGUCCAUACUCUGAAUGAAGAUGGAGAGCUAUGGCUUGCUUAUGAAGGCUUGAAAGAAACCAAUAGGCUUCUGGAGUCCCAGAUGCAAGAGCAGGAACAUGUUCACAAUAAAACGUAUAGGACGCUGCUCGAAGAGGUGAACAAGUUAAAGGAAGAAAAGGAGCAGCAGCGAAAGCUGUUAGCUCAGAGCCUCCUUCUGCCUGAAGAUGCACGGGUUGAGAUGAGCCUGAAGCAUGAGAUUACACGGCUUACGAAUGAGAAUCUGGAACUCCUGGAGCAGCAAGACAAACAAGAUAAAACCCUACGCAAGUUGAAAAAACAACUUAAAUUGUAUAUGAAAAAAGUUGAAGAUUUUGAAGCGAGCAUUCAGCAAAAGAAUAAUGCCUCCUUGAUGAACGCUCCUGUCAGAGCAGUUAAUAUCACCCGCAAGGAGAAAGAGUACCACGGCAUGUUGGAGUACAAGAAAGGCGACGAGAGCCGCUUACUUAAGAAUCUGGUCCUAGAUCUGAAACCUCGUGGUGUAGCAGUCAGUUUCACUCCCGGGCUUCCAGCCUACAUCAUCUUCAUGUGCAUUCGAUAUGCGGACCGUGAGAAUGAUGAUCUGAGAGUCACCACUCUGCUCAAUUCCACCAUCACCAGCAUCAAAGGGGUCAUUAAGAAAAGAGGAAAAGAUUUUGAAGUGGUGUCUUUCUGGCUGGCCAACACAUGUCGGUUAAUGCACUGUCUGAAGCAGUACAGUGGAGACAAGGGCUUCAUGGCACACAACACUCCUAAGCAAAAUGAGCACUGCCUAAGCAACUUUGAACUGUCAGAGUAUCAGCAGGUUAUUAGUGAUCUAGCUAUCCAAAUCUACCGCCAGCUUAUCAAAUGCAUGGAGGACAUUCUGCAGCCCAUAAUAGUGGGAAGCAUGCUGGAGCAUGAGACAGUCCACAGUGUUUUAGGGUCCAAACCAACAGGCCUGAGGAAGAGAAGCACCAGUUUCUCAGAGGAAGGGGCUGUGACAGUGGAAGUACUCCUGCAGCGUCUCAGCCUCUUCCACUCCACCAUGAGUCAGCAUGGGAUGGAUUCAGACAUUGUUAAGCAGGUAGUCAGGCAGCAGUUUUACAUCAUCUGUGCGGUCACCCUCAACCACCUGCUGCUGCGAAAGGACAUGUGCUCCUGGAGCAAAGGCCUGCAGAUCAGGUACAAUGUUUGGCAGUUGGAGGAGUGGCUGGCAGAGAAGCAGCUGGCAGACUGUGGGGCCAAGGAGACUCUGGAGCCACUUGUACAGGCUGCACAGCUUCUGCAGAUCAAGAAGAAGACAGAGGCAGAUGCCCAGGCUAUAUGCUCCAUGUGUACUGCCCUCACCACAGCACAGAUUAUAAAAGUGCUGACCUUGUACACUCCAGUGAUCGAAUUUGAAGAGCGAGUGUCAACCACUUUCAUCACAUUUAUUAAAAACCUUUUGAAAGAUAGUGGUGAGUCAUCUACUUUGAUGAUGGAUGCCAAGAAGAUCUUCUGUGUCACCUUCCCCUACACACCCUCUCCUGUGGCUCUGGAGACCAUCCAGAUCCCUGCUAGCCUUAAUCUCGGCUUCCUCACUCGCAUCUAGAUCAGUGACCUCUGACGCUUACACUUCAGUCUCUGAAAUCUGUUUACUGGAGUAAAAAUGUCUAAGACAGUUUUUCACCAAAGUUUGUACCCGAUGUUUUCACUGUUACUGAUUUCUGUGGUAGUGCAGCACAAUAAGGAAAGUUUUCUUACAUGCAUUAGUGUUUCAGCCAAACAGUAAUAACUAUAUAAACUAUAAAAUAUGCACAGUGAAUAUGUAAAACUGUCUUUUAAAGGUUGUCUCUUACUGCACUUAAUGGUUUGUACAGGUGUUACUGCUGUCUUAAUUCGUGCAUUUAUGAUUUUCCUACUGCUUUCUAAAGCCAAGUAAGGUCAUUUGACCUUUUACAAUAGAAAAACUUGCAAUUAUUAAUUUGAGUGCUUGCACGGAGAGAGUUUGAAAAAUUAGCAUCCUUGAGAAAUUUUAACAUAUUUUGCAAUGUCACAUGCUCAUUUAAAUGUUGAAAGACAGAGAUAAGCUUCAGGGGCUCUGGUUUUUGUCUGUAACUUUGUGUUUGUAACUACUUACAUCAAGUGAUGGGGUUUAUGUCAAGGUGUAGGAACAGAAAAUGAUUCAAGUAUGUAUUUAAUGCAGUUGAACAUAUUGAAGGCUGACUUUUCAGUAAGAUGGUUUGACAUGCUUUAAAACUGCAUAAAGGGUUUAUAUCAUUUCAGGUGAGUCACCACAGAGCCCCCAAGAAAAUAGCAAAUACUUUAAUUGUGCUUAGUAUUUCUCUGUCCUGAUGCUGACACAUUCACUGUUCUGAUGCAUAACUAAUAAUUGUAAUAAGGUGUAAAUUUGUAUUUAACAGUAGACAUCUUGCAUUGAAUAGCUAUAACCAAAUAGGGAUGCACACUCCAUCUUAUUUAGGAGCAGUACUGGAGACUGGAUUUGAUCCAAAAGACUUAUAAACAGCUCUGUAUGAGUGCUUGAAAUACAAAAGUUGGGUAAUCUUGGAGUGUAAAAAUGUACUGAACUGAUGGAACUAAGUCUUGUCAACCAGUUUAUGUAAUAUCUGCUGUUAAACUAUGUUUGUCUUUUACUUUUCUCAAGUUCACUAUUGCUCAGUAUUUGGAAAUGCCUAACACCUGAAAAAGGUCUAACAUGUCUUAAACCUCUAAACUGUGCACACCAACGAUGAGUUCGUUUCCUUGUUAAAGAGUUUAUGUAAAACUCAAGUAUUCUCAGUUGAGCAUGUGCACUGAUAGCGUGAGUCAAGUUGGUAUAAGGUGGUGAAAUAUUUACUUCUUAUCAUUUUUGCUUAACUACCCAAAGCAGCGUCUGACAGGGUGAGCUGGCUGCGAUCUGUAUCCGGUUUCUUUUAUUGUAAGAAUCCUUGAGCAAACGAGCACACCCACACUGUCAAGCCACUGUCACAAGAUGGGAAGGCGGAGUCAUCCAGUCAAAUUCCACGACAGGUGCGCGACAAGUCAAUUAGUAAGAGUGGAGACAAACGUGGAGCAUUAGCCAUGGGGCUUUCAGAAUAAAAGCCCUAGCUCUGCCAUUUUUAUGUGAGAUUAGCGAAACAGCCUUGGUUCCCAGCCUUUAUUUGUGACCCCACGUAAUAAAUUAUGGCCUUUUGAGUUAUAGACGGUUAAACCAAAGUUUCGCUGUCAGAUUAUCUCAUUUGAGGAAUUUUAGAAGCCAGGAGAAGUGAAAGUUUUAACUACUAUAUAAGAAAAAAG